GAAGCACAUAUAUGCAUCAUGAAUGCAAUGAAGUGGGAGAAAUAUUAGUUAGUUAGAUAUGACUUAUAGAUUUGUUUAAUACGUCACAUUUUCACUUCAAUCUCUGAAGAUGUCUGGACAUGUAAAUGAUGGUAUGGAUAAAGAUUCAAUAAUGGAUUCAGAAGAAGGAAUAGAGAAGAUGGUUGAUAUCUAUGUGAGUGCCGAGGCUGUAAGAGAUAUAAAACAUAAGAAAGACAAAAAGGACUUUGACAAACAAGCAUCGAAAACCCAAACACCUCAACACACAGUUUCAGGAAGUGAUUCAGUGAGGAACAAAAGCUCCAGGUCAGCUGUAGUGUGUUUGGUUCUUCUGUGUGUUCUUCUGCUGACUGCAGUCAUAGUGCUGUGUGUCAUCUUCACUCAAGAGAGACAACAGCUCAUAUCCAAGACUGAAAACCUGAUCAUUGAGAGAGACCAGCUAAUACUUAACAACACAAAGCUGAGCAAUGAGAGAGACCAGCUAAUACUUAACUACACAAAUCUGACCAAUGAGAGAGAACAGCUAAUACUCAACUACACAAAUCUGACCAAUGAGAGAGAACAGCUAAUACUCAACUACACAAAUCUGACCAAUGAGAGAGACCAGCUAAGAAAUCAACUCCAGAUAUGUGCUGAAUGGACUUGCUAUAAAUCCAGUUUUUACUACAUGUCCAAUGAGAAAAAGAACUGGACUGAAAGCAGAAGAUACUGUACAGAGAAAGGAGCAGAUCUGAUCAUCAUAAACAACAGAGAGGAACAUGACUUUGUUAAGAACAUGUCUGGUUCUGCUGCAGUCUGGAUUGGUCUGACGUUUGUGCAGGGAGGUUGGCAAUGGGUUGAUGGCAGCACACUGAACUCUGGCUUCUGGGCGAAUACACAACCAAACAGAGGAGUAGCAGAGGACUGUGCUAUGACUGUAGCUGUGGCUCAGCCAGUGUUUGCUAAUUUAGUAGGGUGGCAUGAUGUUACGUGUAAUGGUCCUUAUCAAUGGAUCUGUGAGAAAAGGAUUUCACAGCUCAUACUGCCAUAGGAACGUCACACACCUUUUUGACAAGUUGAACAGUACAAAACUUUUGUAAUAACUGAUUCUCAUUUAAAACAGUGUUUAUCAGCCUUGUUCAUUUUAUUUGUCUCCUCUUAUUCAUGUCCACAACACACAAUAUGCUAACUGGACUCCAAAAGUGCAUUCCUUUUAACCAGAAAUGCCUUGAGAGUGAACAUCACAUCGUAUUCAGCUACAUACGUGUCAGAGUCUUCAUUUAUUAUCUGUACAUUAUUUAAUUAUACAGUACAUCACCGGUUAUUGCAAAACAAUGCAGUAUUUAAAACAUGUUUGACUAAAACAAAGGUUGUUCACAUGGUUUUUAUGGUUAAGAUAAAACACACCUGAUCUUAAAAACCAAUACAUUUGUAUUAAUUUACAGAACUGUAUUAUGACAUUAAACCUAAACUCCUCUAAAAUUAUCAACUCAAGCCUUGUCUGUAUAUGAUGAUUUUGCAGGACUUUUAAUACGCUUUGUCAAUUAAAAUGAACUUCAACUUGAAAAACAUUAAAGUUCCCCUAAAAAUUCUGAAAAGACAACUUUCAAGCUUUUUGGUUUUUUAUUAAAAAAACCCUCCCAGCUCGUCAAAGUUCAACACUUUUUUAUCCCCUUUUGCAUCAGUACCCCAUUAGUGUAAUUUUUUCUUUGCUUUCAAUUGUUUGUCUUAAUUUGUAUUAAAAAAAAAGCCAAUGUCUUUAUGCGAAGCCAAGACAAUGUCUUUAUGCGAAGAAGAGAGUAAAACACAAAGUUUUAAUCACUAAAAAUGAUCAAGCACCGUUAACAUGCUCACUCACAUCUCAUUCAAAAUGAUACUCCCGUCCUGUAGAAUGAAGCAAUUGGUCAUGAGACACACAAGAGCCAAUGGCAUUUCACAGCCAAGGCUGACGUAAAGCUUCUUCUGGCGGCAUUUUCUGCUGAGACUGCAGCAAGCGGCGGACAGAGACUGUGAUCGCGUCUAUUCCUCUCACAAAUAAAAUCCUUUUGCCUUUUGAUUUGGAAUAUUAAUCCUUUUUGAAGAAAUAAAGAUGGUAAUCUGCCUUUCA